AUGGGCUCGAAAGCACCAUCGCGCACUCCCAGCACGUACCCGUCCAGGGCUUCUACGCCACUCGCGCACUUCAAAGACAUCGUCUUCGAAGCGUGGGGCAAGUUCAAGCACGAAGAUGAUUCCGAGGCCCACAAGAUCUUCCGCGAAGCCGGUGGUCAUCAGCCCAAGGGCGGCGUGCUUCCCCAAACUGUGAACCCGGACGAGGAUACCGUUCCAGGCAUCUACCAUCCCGGCUCUACCGGUGUGAUCUACUGCUCUGACCGUGCCAUCGCCAAUGGUUUCUCUUACGCCAACUCGCAUGAGUGGGCGAACUUGGGUCAAGGCGCCCCGGAGGUCGGUGACAUCCCUGACGCUGGUUCUCGUCCCACGCACAUCGAAUACCCGAUGGAUGCACUUGAGUACGCUCCUACCACCGGAGUCAAAGAUCUUCGCGAGGCUGUUGCAAACCUGUACAACGAUACUUAUCGCAAGAAUAAGGCGUCCAAGUACACCCACGAGAACGUCUGCAUCGUGCCAGGCGGUCGCGCGGGUCUCUCGCGCAUUGCGGCCGUGGUCGGCGAUGUUUAUACGUCCUACCAAAUUCCGGACUACACGGCAUACGAUCAGAUGCUCUCUGCCUUCAAACGUUUGGUUCCAGUUCCCACCGCACUGGAGGCGAAGAACAACUACAAACUCGACAUCAAGCAGGUCGAGAAAGAUAUCCAGACCCAAGGUCUCGCUGUCAUCCUUGCCAGCAACCCUCGCAACCCGACUGGGCAGGUCAUUAAGGGAAAAGACCUCCAGGAGGUUGUCAAUGUUAGUCGCGAACAUUCAACGACUGUCAUCCUCGAUGAGUUCUACUCGUGGUACAUUUAUCACGAGAAGGAGGCAGACAUGGGGAAGUCGAUUUCUGCCGCAGAAUACGUAGACGAUGUCAACAAGGAUGCUGUGGUCAUAGUCGAUGGUUUGACCAAGAACUGGCGUCUUCCUGGUUGGCGUGUCUGCUGGGUGAUCGGACCAGCGAACCUCAUCACGGCCCUAUCGCAGUCCGGCUCCUUCCUCGACGGUGGCGCGAACCACCCUCUUCAGCUCGCCGCCAUUCCCUUGCUCGACCCGCAGCACGUCAAGCAGGAGAAAAUGGCACUUCAGAGGCACUUCAAGAAGAAGCGCGACCAUGUGCUCAAGCGCCUCAAGAAGUUGGGCCUUGAGUGCGAUGUCCCGCCUGUCAGCACUUUCUACAUCUGGCUCAACCUCGAGAAGCUCCCGGCUCCGAUAAACAACGGACUCACGUUCUUCGAGGAGCUGCUCAAGGAAAAAACUAUCGUCAUUCCAGGCAUCUUCUUUGAUAUCAACCCUUCGCAUCGCCGCAACCUCUUUAACUCAAUCUGCCACCACUUCGUGCGCAUCUCGUUCGGCCCGCCGUUGGAGGAUCUGGACAAGGGACUGGACGCCAUCGAGCGUGUACUUCAGAAGGCGAAGAAGGGCGGCCUCAAGGAUCUUGGCCACGGAUACAAGAAGAGCGUCGACCUCGAGCCUGGCAUGGCUCGCAGCGCCGCCGCUCAGGGAGAAACUGUAUGA